AGAGCAGACAGCAUGCAGGCCCACCGAGGUGCUUUUGUGGCCACACCCACUGCAGAGUUGUCAAAUCAGGAGGAGACACUGCUAGGAGACUUCUUGGAUUGGAGCCUGGACACUUCUUGUUCGGGAUAUGAGGGAGACCGUGAGAGCGAGGGAGAGAAGGAUGGUGAAAUCUCCACAAUGGAGGUGCAGAUUGAGCUGCCGCUGGAUUGCGCAGAUGGACAAACGCACUGCUGCCUGUUAUCCAGCGACGACACCAGUCUGUGUGAAGACGAUGAGCAGGAGCCUCCAACCGGCAGCAGCAAACCCUGGACGCGUCAUCUUUCCUCUUCCACCUCCUCCUCCUCCUCCUCCUGCGGCUUUUGCACAGACCGCCAGAGCUCCGGCUACUCCUCCAUCCAGAGUUUCCCCAGUCCGUCAGUGUCCUCCGCUCUCGUUUCCCCCCAGAAUCCUCCAGGUUUUCCUUCCCAAAGGAUUCGCCGUCAGGUCAAGAGGAAAAACACGGCAGCUCACAGCGCGGGAGAAGCAGAGCAAGAGGACGACGCCGCAAACCUAGCCUUUCUGAGCUUCUGAUUGACAGGAAGCUUGAACGCAUCACUUCCUGGCUGCCCGCCAGGAGCACUUUGGAUCAACGGGUGCUGAUGGUCUUUAUCUCAAGAAGCGCCAUUUCAGAGCUUUAAACGCAAGAUAAGAACAAAGGUCAUGUUUUUUCUUUCCCAUAAUGCAUUUCACUUCAGCUCCUGAUGGCAGGAGCGCGUUUGCCGUUGACAAGCAGCGCGAUUUAAUGCCUCAAAUGUGUUCGAAUCACUGGAACUGUUGUUUUUUCGAAGUCUUGCGUACGAUGUGUUGCAUCUUUUGGAAAGUAUUUAAAAUCCAGACUGUUUACAGUUUCUCCCGAUCGCUUUGUCUGCGACGUUUUUAACUAAGGCACGCAGUUCAUGAAGUUUCAUAACAAUUAAUGCACUGUCCGAAAACAAAACUGGUUUGUUUACACACUCUUUUUGUGCGACGUUUUCUAUUUAUCUUGAACUGGACUGAAGCGCUCCAGUGUUUUAAGUAUUUGCGCAUACCUUUGGCGUUCGUCACGAAUUCUGCCAAAGUUCGUGUUGUCGACUCUUUCAUACUGUUUUCUUCCGGAUACCACUGAUGUUUAUUUGACCUGUGAAGCCUGUAGAUGUACAGUACAUCUCGAUGAGUUUUUCUAAUUGACGCUCGGCAAACCGCUGAUGAAUGUGAUCGUUUGACAUGCUUUGUCGUAAUGACCUCGAGAGAGACACCAAGCACUUUUUUUUGUAUCAUCCAUGCUGGAAACUGAUGCUUCGUCUCUGUUUUAUCUUUGAUAUGCUUGAACAAUCAACCAUAUGUAUGUAUCUGUGUGAGGUUAUGACACUAAAGCAUUAAGUUAUUAUUGUCAGGUCUUGUUGGUACUGUAUGUCGAACGUCACUAAAGGAUUGCGACUGUAAAUAAUUAUUAUUUCGUGUUUAUAAUUGUAAAUAUAUAAAUGUAUGAAGCUGUGAAAGGCCAUGGGAACUUGAAAAAAGAGAAAAAGAUGUUUGUUUUAUCCUGAAAACAACAAUUAAA